CUGUACUCCAAGCUCAAGAUGGCGUCUCGUAGUGCUGUACUGUCCAUGUCCAAAAUAAUCAGUCCAUUUUGGGGUGGACGCCUUGGAAAUACGGUUAAAGUAUUCGGAACAACUGUAACAAGUCACAGGAAAAAGACCUCGCUCACUCCCCCUCCAGCAAAGUAUGGAGGCAGACACACUGUGACCCUCAUACCAGGAGAUGGAAUCGGUCCAGAGCUGCUCAAUCACGUCAGAGAAGUUUUCAGGUUCACCUGUGUGCCUGUGGACUUUGAGGUAGUACAUGUCAACUCUGCAUUGGAGACUGAGGAUGAUAUUAGUAAUGCCAUCACUGCCAUCCGCCGUAAUGGAGUUGCCCUCAAAGGUAACAUCGAAACCAAACAUACCAUGCCACCAUCUGUCAAAUCCAGAAAUAAUCUGCUUCGCACAAGCUUAGACCUGUAUGCCAAUGUGAUGCAUUGCCAGUCCCUCCCUGGAGUUCAGACUCGCCACAAGAACAUUGACAUCAUGAUCAUCAGGGAGAACACAGAGGGAGAGUACAGCAGUCUGGAGCACGAGAGUGUGUCAGGGGUUGUGGAGAGUCUCAAGAUCAUCACGAGGAACAAUUCCCUCAGGAUUGCUGAAUAUGCCUUCCGAUUGGCCAGGGAGAAAGGACGGCGCAGGGUCACCGCUGUUCACAAGGCCAACAUCAUGAAGCUUGGUGAUGGCUUGUUCCUGCAGUGUUGCAAAGAAGUGGCCUCUGGUUACCCAGACAUCACUUUUGACAGCAUGAUUGUGGACAACACCACCAUGCAGCUGGUGUCCAAGCCUCAGCAGUUUGAUGUGAUGGUGAUGCCUAAUCUGUAUGGGAACGUGGUGAGCAAUGUGUGCGCAGGCCUUGUGGGAGGGCCUGGCCUUGUGCCCGGGGCCAAUUAUGGUCAUGCCUACGCUGUCUUUGAAACGGCCACAAGGAACACAGGGAAGAGUAUUGCAGACAGGAACAUUGCUAACCCCACUGCCAUGCUGCUAGCCAGUUGCAUGAUGCUGGACCACCUGAACCUUAACGACCAUGCAAGUUUGAUCCGAAAUUCAGUCCUCACUACCAUGAAUGAAACCAGGUUGCACACAGCUGAUAUCGGGGGUCAGGGCACCACAUCAGAGGUGGUCCAGUCCAUCAUGAGGAACAUCCAGAGUAAAGGGCAGUUCACAGCUGAUCUCUAAACCACCUAUGACGACACUGUACUCACACACAGACACACUCACUUAUCAGGGGUGUAGGUGUGAGUUUGAACAGGUGUCUCUAUCCAGAACAGGUGCAUAGUAUGAGAGAGGAUGUCCAUGCAUGUCAGUUUCCAUAGCGUCAGGUCUUAUCACUGAUGUUUUCUUUUUUUCCCUUCUUGUUAACACAGCUCAUCGACCAAUCUGUAUGAACAAACCUUUGUCAACAGCUGUGUGUUUCACAUAUCAUAAUGACCUUUUGAUUAAAUUCCAUUGUCACUCUUGUUAAAUGAUAAAUGUUACUGUAAGCAUCAGUCUAUUUCCUGAGUUCACCGGGUUUAUUCAGUUGGAAAUCUGUGUUCUGACAAAUUGUUAUGGAACAUGAAAUGGCAGGAUAUCAGUCACCACAUUGUGACAUUAUUAAUAUUUUAGCUUUUCCAAAGCCCCUCAUUGUUGUAUCAUUAUUUAUUUUCCAAUUUUGUUACAGCCUUUUCCACCAAUCUGCAAUUUUUCAUUUAAUGCCUUUUUUGUCACCCUAACUUAAAUAUCAAGUUGUGUACUGUACUGUCCUGUAUGUUCAUAUCAGAUCAAUUGUACUAUAUGAUUGGUGAUGUAGCUAUUUCAUCUAUACUGUACUAAACAAAUAGAGUAAUGCUUGUGCCAUAAUAAUCUUUUCACAGAUGUGUGGAUCACAUCACAAAGAUGUACUGUUGUCUUAAAUUCUAACCAGAUAAGAGCUCUUAAAGUCGGAAAUGAAAAGGUUUUAUCAUGCCCGUGGGUUGCAUAUAUAUUGUAUAACGUAUAUAGUAUCAAUAAAGAAAUGGUCAACCUUAAACUGA